CUCCCCUUUUUCUCUGUGAAUCUUUACCUUUCAGAGGGAAUUAAAAACAGCCAUGGCCUUUCGUCCACCGUCCUUGAUAAAUUUCAGUAGCGAUGGAACCUCCGUGAGUGGUGGUGGAGGCUUAGGCAGCAUUAGUUUUGGUGGUGGUGAUAGCCUAUCAAAUUCCUCCAGAUCUAUGGUGCUCAAUAACAAAGGAAUCCCAUCCAGUGCGACCGGCAGCAUGUCCUUUGGUAAGCAAAGCAUGGGUGGUGGUGGCGGCUUCAGUUAUCCUACUGGUAUUUUUGGUGGUGGAGGUGCAUACGGCGGCGGUCUUGGAGCCCUGACAGCGACCAUGACAGCCAUCCAGACCAACCAGUCCCUGCUGGAGCCCAUUGACAUUACAAUCGACCCAAACAUCCAGAUUGUUCGGACACAAGAGAAAGAUCAGAUCAAGGGUCUGAACAACCGCUUCGCCGACUUAAUUGACAAGGUCCGCACCCUGGAGGUGCAGAACAAGAAGCUGGAAACCAAGUGGGGCCUCCUGCAGCAGCACACCACCACACAAGUCAACAUUGACGGCAUGUUCGAGGCCUACAUCGGCAACGUUCGCAAGCAGCUGGAUGGGCUCGGCAAUGAGAAGGGCCAGCUGGGCGGCCAGCUGGGGAACAUGCAGAACAUGGUGGAGGACUUCAAGAACAAAUAUGAAGAUGAAAUCAACAAGCGUGCCAACACGGAGAAUGACUUUGUUCUUUUUAAGAAGGAUGUCGAUGGCACAUACAUGAACAAGGUGGACCUGGAGGCCUCAGUGGACUCCCUUCAGGAUGACAUUAACUUCCUCAAAGCCUACUAUGAGUCGGAGCUUCGUGAUCUCCAGGGAGAGAUCAUGGACACCUCAGUCAUUGUGAAGAUGGACAACACCCGUGAUCUGGACAUGGACUCUAUUGUGGCUGAAGUCAAGGCCCAGUAUGAGGCCAUCGCUAAUACCAGCCGUCAAGAUGCUGAACAGUGGUAUCAGCAGAAGUACCAAGAGAUGGAGACAAAUGUAGGCAAUGCCGGGGAUGAUCUCCGUAACUCCAAGAGUGAGAUUACUGAGCUCAGCCGCAUGAUUAGCCGCCUCCAGAAUGAGAUUGAGUCAUUAAAGGCACAGCGCGGCAACCUGGAGGCCCAUAUAGCUGAGGCCGAUGAGCGUGGUGAAUUAGCCGUGAAGGACGCCAAGGCCCGCAUCAGGGACCUGGAACAAGCCCUGCAGAAAACCAAGCAGGAAAUGGCCCUCCAGGUCCGCGAGUACCAGGACCUGAUGAACAUCAAGCUGGCUCUGGAGAUUGAGAUCGCCACCUACAGUAAGCUGCUGGAAGGAGAGGAGGAGAGAAUCAACAGUGGAGGUGCAACUGCAACCGUCCACGUACAGUCCUCCGGUGGCGGCGGCAGCAGCAGCAGCGGCGGCGGUGGAGGAUAUGGUGGCGGCAUCGGAGGCGGCGGCAGCUAUGGUGGCGGCAUUGGAGGCAGUGGCGGCGGUAUGGGAGUUGGUGGCGGUAGCUACGGAGGCAGCUACGGCACAAGCAGCGGCGGUGGCGGAAGCUCCUCACAAUCCCGCCGUUAUUGAAAACAGCAGCUGUCGUUCUUCUACCCUCAUCCUAUUCUCCUCCUCAUGUUCUGCUCCCCCUCUCCCGGAGAACCACUCAUAAAAGCCUGGAGACACUGCAGCCUCAGAAACAUCCACAUUUCUCCGGUAACUGAAAAUAUUUUCACUUCCAUUCUGAAUGAAAAAUAAACUUGGAUUAGGCUGCCUGGGAGAACCAGGUUUAUUGUUACAUUUGUUUGGAAUAAAUCUGAUGUGAGAUUAAAUUUGGCAGUGUG